CAACGUCCAACUCGCUCGCGCAUUUUGUGGUAACAGGCACCUACCGGGUGAUAUAGUCAAUUCAAACUCUUUAGAUUGCAUUCUCGAAAUACUCGCUUGAGAUCAUCUCAAUUUGCCACCAUACAUAUCUCGGGGACUACAAACAAACCCAUUACUUGCAUGGACGAGACCACGGUUAUCUGUGCUCAGUCUUGUUAAUCCAAUUUGAUCAAUCCUCGUGUCUAUUCUGUCUAGACCCGCAGACCUUCCCUCAUCCCAUCAUGGAUCAACAAGUCGAGCGAUUGGUUGACAAAAUCUGGAACAAGUUUCAAACCACGCCAGAUGACACCCGGCUCUUAAUUGCGGUCAGUGGCAUUCCCGGCUCUGGAAAGACGGAGCUGGCUACGAUAAUGGCCAACCGCAUCAAUCAACGAUAUUCAGCGCAACAUCCAGACUCACCGCUUAUCGCAACCACCGUCCCGAUGGACGGCUACCAUCUCACACGGGCCCAGCUAGCCGAAAUGCCCGACCCCGCGUAUGCUGCUGCCCGCCGCGGUGCAGCGUUCACUUUCGACGGAGAAAAGUUUCUCAAGCUAGUUCAGGCGCUGCGAGAAGAGGUCACACCUCGGACACGGAGCCUGUACGCUCCGAGUUUUGACCACGCGAUCAAGGAUCCUGUGGAUGAUGAUAUCACCAUCCCGGCUACCUGCCGGGUAAUUUUCUUCGAGGGCAACUACCUUAGCCUGAAUAAAGAGCCGUGGAGCACGGCUGCCAAAUUGAUGGAUGAGCUUUGGUUUGUCGAGGUCGACUUUGAGGUCGCGCGGAAGAGAUUGAUCCGAAGACACGUCAAGGCCGGAAUCGCCAAAGAUGAGACCGAUGCAAAUAAACGAGUGACCGAGAACGAUCUGGUCAAUGGAAGAGAGAUUGUGGAUUGCAGAAUGAACCUCCAGGAGAUUGUAAAUAGUGAAUAUGAUUCUGCAUGGGAGAGGUAGAGAAAGAGAUCCGG